AUGAAAGAUAUCAUGACAUGGUGCAAUGAUUCAAGUGAUCGAGAUAGAGGCAUUGAACUAAUCACAUCCAGUGCUAUUCCUAGAACAAGCAAUGAAAGUACUCUUAUCACUGAUGAAACAAAAUCAACCCGAAGUCGAACCUUAACUUGUCCCUCAUGUGGUCAUAACAUUGAAUUCCAAGAUCAGGGCGGAAUCAAUGAUUUGCCGGGAUUACCAGCUGGAGUGAAGUUUGAUCCAAAUGAUCAAGAGAUACUGCAUCAUUUGGAAGCAAAGAUUCUAUUUGAUGUGCCUAAACUCCAUCCUCUUAUAGAUGAGUUCAUACCAACCCUUGAAGGAGAAAACGGAAUCUGUUACACUCAUCCAGAAAAGUUACCAGGUGUAAGAAAAGAUGGACAAAUUCGGCACUUCUUUCACCGGCCAUCAAAAGCAUACACAACAGGCACAAGGAAAAGAAGAAAGGUUCAAACAGAUGAAGAAGGAAGUGAGACAAGAUGGCACAAAACAGGAAAAACUAGACCAGUUUUCAUUGGUGGUGUUAUUAAAGGUUUCAAAAAGAUACUAGUACUCUAUACUAACUAUGGAAGGCAAAAGAAGCCUGAGAAGACUAAUUGGGUGAUGCAUCAAUACCAUAUUGGUAGUAAUGAAGAAGAGAAAGAUGGAGAGUUAGUUGUUUCAAAGGUCUUUUACCAAACUCAACCUCGACAGUGUGGUGCUAAUAAUAGUUCAAACAUUAAUAUAAAGGAUGCUUAUGAAAAUAGACUGAUGAUGGCUCAAGGAAAUGUCCAAGAUGAUAAUGAAGCUCCUACUAUGGAUUACUACAAUUCUUCUUUCAUCAACUAUGACCAUGUUGGUCAUACUUUGGAACCACAGGUUUUUCCAAACUUGGUUAUGCAAGGUGAUGGUUCUUUUAUUCGAUUAGCAAUGGAUGCAAACAAAACAAGAUUGGACAGAAAUUAG